UUUAUAGGUCAUCGGUCGGUCAAAACAUUGUAAUCGUAAUUGUAUGCACCAUAGUUAAAGCUGCACCAUUUUUACUACUAUUGCAUUAACUUGAAAAAGAUAUAAUUUAAUAAUAUUUUUAAAAUUUCACUUGAGUGAAAGUGUUAAGAAUUUAAUUAAAACAAGAACAGUGAUAUGUUGCAAUUAAUAAACCUGCCUGACAUUGUUUUAGAGACAAUUUUGUCUAACCUUUCGUACGAUGAUAUUUCUCGAUAUAGAAUUGUUUGUAAACAAUUUGAUCGGAUAUGUAAAAAGUUAUUAAACCGAGGUUUCAAUUUGAUGGAAAAAUAUCACGCACAAUGUUUGCGUGCAGUAAAAAGUCAAUUACCACGAAGAGAAUCAGAAAGAAGGAGUCAUCCUUUGGCACGUCAUUGUGAUAUAUUAACAGCUAUCGAAACAAGAAUAUCUAUGUUAUCCAUGACUUUUAUAAAAUAUGUGGAUCUUAAUUUGUGUUGUUUUAUUCCUGGAAAGGUAAUCGAUGAAAUUUUUCGAGUUCUUCGUUUAAUUCGGGAUUCCAAAACUCCACCCAGGGCUCAUGAAAUACUUCAAGAGUUAAGAGAUAUUAGUAGCAUGGCUAUGGAACAUUUCGAUGAAAAGAUUUUACCAGAUCUAAAACACAGUAUUUGUACUUCAGUUGUUAGUAACGUAGGUUCUUAUGAAUUGCCAAGUGGAAGUUUAAUGAUUUCUCAUCAUACUACAAGUUCAAACAGUGUAACACUGCCACACAAUUUUAGUUCAGAAAGAUUGAAUCAGACUUUCAAGAAAAUUUAUAGUCGUGCUAAAAAGAAUAAAUUAUCUGUUCUGUCUAUAAAAGGUCAAAUUAGUAAAAUGAAACUUCGAAUGAAAAGACAAGGCUUCCAAAUGAGAUUACAAAGCUUAAAAUUACAAGAGCAGGCAAAGAAAAUACAUGAUCAAGAUACACAAUUAGCUGAAAUGAGAAAACAUCUUGAAGAGUGGGAACAAAAAAUGGUUGAUUUAACAGCUGAACUAAGUCGUGCAAGAGAAGAAACACAAAAACCUGAUUCUAUAGAAACUUGCAAAAGGAAGCAUAUAGAUAUGAUUAAUCAACGAGAAACUGAUACAUUGCAAACAAAAGAACUGCAAGCAAAGAAACGUAAAUUAAUUGUAGAAAGAAUAUCAUCUAACGAUGCAAAAGAUGUCAAAUUUAAAAAAUUUAUGACCGAUCUUCUUGCAGGUAAUGCUAUAGAAGCAUAUCCAUCAACUUCACAUUAAUUUACUAUUUGUACAUAAUGAGGUUGUAUAUCAAAAAAAAUUAUUAUUCUAUGUGUAUUUUGCAUUUUGUAUGUUAUAACUGAAUAAACUUAAAUGUUUAAGCUUC